AUGGCGUCGUCGUUGUCGUCGUCGAGGUUGUUGUCGUCGCGACCCGAACCCGGUUCGCGUCGUCGUCGAGGGGACGACGCGACAGAUCUCGCGGCGGUCGAAGGGAAGGAGAAAAAUCGUCGUCGUUUACAAAACGGUCGACACGACACGCAUCGAGUGCUGGCGGAUUUCAAUGUCCAAACAACCCGAGGAGGGACGCUCUUCUUCGUUGCCGCCCUCUUCCUUGUCGCAGUAUUCGCGGUGAUCUUUCGCGGCGGCGACUCGACGAUCGCGGAGAGCGAGGUUCGCGAACAAAACGCGGACGGUGGGAUAAGGACCCAAAGACGCUUAUUGGCGGAAUCUUCGUCCAGAGAAAACUACUUUCAUCACGGGUCGAGGAUAGCCUCGGUUGGCGAGCAACUCGCCGCGAAGCGCGUAUCGGGAUUGGAAAACUGCGAACAGACGUGCGAUGACAUUGGAGAAGCGUGCGCAGGAUUUUCAUACGCGUUGAACGAGAUGAAGUGCACGCUCGUGGCGAGAGGAUACUCGUUGAGAAAGAGCGAAGAAUCCGAUUUUUAUCGAAAGAAACGGGUGCCAAAAGCAUUCGUAGAGAACCAAAAUGCGUUUUUGCCGAUGAGCGAUUUGGUGGAUUCGGUAUAUACUGCUAUAAAUGGUACAAUCGAUGAUAUCAAAAACGUGUGCAACGCGGAUCAUCGGUGCGCAGGUUUUUACACGUGUUCUGCUGCAAUAUCUCGCGAAGAUCUCGUCGAUGCGUUCAGCGCGACAUCUGAUGGCGUCGUGAGAAGCGAUGAGGACGCGCGGAAGUGGGACGUCAUCGAGGCAAUAGAAUCCGGACAGGGUUUACAAGCAAACGAAGUUGGCACGACAUGCGACGCCAUUUCUAAUGCGCACGCACGCGCGAAAAAGAGGGGAGGGAGUGUGAGUCCAGCGUUGAGAGCAAUACUUUCCGAAACAAAGUUCAACGCAGUGUUGUUGAAUUCGCUUCCAAAGCCGAGUGCCUUUGUCACAUCUCCGGGAAUCACCGUCUACUCACGUGCUCUAUCAACUUGCGAAGGAAACGCGAACGGUGCCCCGUGCAAAUUCCCUUUUGAAUACAACAAUGAGGAGUAUUGGGACGUGGCGCUUGAUUUUUCCGACCGACCGUUUUGCAUGACAUCGCUCCCGGGCACGUGGGGUUACACUGAUUGCUUUGCGCAAGACAUUAUUGGCGCUGUUUGGGAGUUUGGAACGUGGAGUGAGUGCUCAACGACCUGCGGAGGAGGAUUUUUGACAAGAAGCUCUACUUGUGUAAAUCGAACUGAUGGAAACACUCUGGACGAUGCAUUCUGUGGGAAAAAUCCUAUAAUUUCGAAGGAAUGCAACACACACUCGUGCGCAGAGGGUUGUGCGGUCCCUGCGAUCGGAGAUCGAAUACCUUGCGAUGAAUAUUAUGCGAGCGACGAGUCAAAAUACGCUUCCUUGACAUCACGAAGAUCUACAUGCGAGUCUUGGGGAUGCUGUUGGUCACCCAAGCAAACUGUUGGUUUCCGAUGCUACCGCAGUACGAGCGUAUCGAAUGUUCCCGGCUGUGAUGUGAUGCACGACGCUAGAGAAGGUGACGAUCUCUUAAACACGACAAUCACAAAAUGUGGAUCGACGUGUUGUCGAGGUUCAACGAGCACGGGUGAAUCUUGCAAAUAUCAUGUUGGAUUUGCAGACCCGCAACCGGGUUCGGGUGAUGAUGGAUGCGACGCACUGCGCGCAGAAAACAACACCUACGGCGAGUAUCCGACCGAUAAAGUCAGCUGGACGUGGAAGGGCCAAGAUCUCAUGGUGGCAGGUACGGGAGGUUGUGAUCACAUCACUACAAGUAAGCUGAACACGACAAUGAAUUGCAUGAGUGCAUGUCGUAACACGCCUGGUUGCAACGUGAUAUCGUUCAACGAACCAUCUAAAAUUUGCAGACUCUCUGACUGCGGGUUGAGACGAUCAGAACCCACAACCAUGAAAGCGAAGGAUUUUAAAGUUUACGUUUGGCAAGCUUCAAUUCAACGCCGGUGGAUUGUCGGUCCGUGGUCGGAUUGUGCGCCGUCGGAUAAUAGCCAAACCUAUGCACCGCGAAGCGAUGAUUCAGCUGAAUGUGAGCUCACAAAAAGUCGCACUGCAACGUGCAUAGGAGAAGCGGGGCAAGCUUUGAGUGACAAUGAGUGCCUUCAGUUCCAGCUUUCGAAGCCGGAUACAUCGGAUACAUGUUAUGGUGCGUGUAAUGUCACGAGAUCUUGCGAAGAACUCGGCACAACGUGGGGAGUGAAAGAUAUUUUGGCAGAUGCUGGGGGUAUCUGGCAUCAUAAUGGCGGCGGUUUAGAUGGCCUUGGCAACAACGGAUUGUUCGGGGGUCAUCCAUCCUUGCGCAAGUGCGGAACACUACAGUUUGACGACGGUCCAGAUCAAAGCUGGGCUGCAAUCAAUUCAGCUGAUAAUCAUCCAGCUUACAUCGCAGGAAAACCUACUGGAUGUUUUCAACCUACGAACAAGUGGCAGAAUCUUACUAAAGGUGAUUAUUGGAAAUAUAUGCAUAACUGGAACCAAAAGGAGAACCUUUACCCUGAAAAGAAUCCCGGGGUUAACUUUGCGACAGCCAAGCAAUAUUGCAAAGCCGAAGGUGCACGCAUGUGUACUGUGGACGAAAUUUACUUUGGAGUACCAAGAAAAUACUCCGUUCUUACCUGUCCCGGGUCCUACUUGUGGUCUUCUACGGAUUGUGGAGAAAACAGCGAGGGUGUAUUUGUCACUGAGGCUACCACUGGAAUCUGGAACGAAGGCACCGGCCACGGAGUCAGUUCUGUGCCCAGCGGUCCUUCUAAGCAUUGCAUUAAUAAGACAACGGCAGACUAUGGGUACAUAUAUCCAGCGUGUUGCUCUGAAUAUAAAAAGAAUCAGGCGAACCCCGCGGGAUCUACUGCCUAUCUCUAUCCCAGUAGUUACAAAAACAAGACUCUGGAAUACUUAGGUGUGGAGUAUCCUGUCAGCACUUGGGGAAACGCGUCGGAGUUUCAGACGGUUUUUGAAAAAGAAGUCGAUGAUCAGCGCUUCUUUUUGCGCUUAGAAAACGGUAUGGACGGUUUUUGCAAUGCUGGUGACUAUGGUCCGUCCAUCCGAAAAGAUUCCAGGAGAAUGAUGCCCUGUACAGAAUACCAAAGUUCGUGCAAGGCAAAGAGAAAAUUUUAUGCUGAUAGCGGGUGCGGGAAACACACCCAUUGUGCCGCCGGCAUAGGUGCGAAGUACGGUUUUGCAGAAGGGGCACAUGUUUGCAUUCCGAUGUACAGACUAAAUCAGGUUCAAUUCGUUCUCGGUUCUUCUCCUGCAAUUGGGGGAGUGAAGCAAGAUGUGCUGUUUGUUGAACGCGGCGCGGCAAUAAUCCCGGAUGAGGCGAAAAUUAAAGUUCUGAAGGGUGAAAGAACGGGUUGCGUCGGUAUUUGGGAUAAAACAGUCGACGUAGCAGCCGAGACUACUUUGAGUAAACAGGGCGACUAUAUCGUGCGACCGGAGAACUACCCACUCGUUGGUCCAAUCUUAAAUUUUAAAACGAUUGAACGUAUAAAGCGAAAUGAUGUGGAUUUCGGUGGUGAGCUUCCAAACGUCAAUCAACCGUAUAUGCUUUGGAAGGACUUUGUUCUGGAUGGUCGAAACAAGAUUUUUGGAUACGAUUAUGAAGAUCCUAGGCACCAAGUUUGCAUGUGCGAUAAACCAUGGUACGAUCCGGAUUGUAACUCACCAACGUCCUGGCACGAUCUCGGCAGCCUCGAUAUCGACAAAGAUUAUAACCUAUUUCAGAGGUACUCUCGGGCGAUUGCAAUUGGUGGUGACCUUUACGAAUCGUACAGUUCUCGCGAUUUCUACAAGCACGUCCCACCGUACUUGAUACAUUCAUAUGAAAACAUGGUUGACCCUCUUCCCGGUAACUGGCAACAGUUGCACCAUGCAAAAGACUCGAAAUUUGCCGAGUUCUGUGCUCAGCGUUGCGUAGCGAACGACCGUUGCGUCGGAUUCAGUUACACAAAGACGAGCAUGAGCGGCGAAGAGAUAAACUUUGUUUGUCGUAUGCGUUCGAAGAGUAUCAGGCUUCGAAAGACUUCCGCCCAUCCACAAGUUUUCAUUCUUAAAUCUUUUGCAAGGGAACGUGGCGGGCUUCACCAAUGGGAUUGGCAACCAGAGAUCAAUUUCUCUGUAAAAGGUGAAAGAAAUCAUCCGACAACAUUCGCUGAAAAGCAAAAGAAUGUCGAUCUGAAUGGCUUUAAUUCGACAAUUUUGCCGAUAAGCGCAAAGAAGAACUUUGACCCGGCCGUCGUUGACGUGAAAGACAUACGCGAGCGAAUGGACGCCCGAGAAAGUGGAGAAGGUGAUUACAGGUGGAGAAAGUUUUGGGAUGUCCUAUACGCAACGGUUUCGGGAGAUUCAAAAAUUUUCCCGCGACUCAGUGCCAGAGCAAGCGAUAAUCCAAAAUCCUUCUCCGUCCAGAAUGAAAGCACGAUUUCAUUCAACACGUCUGCAAGUGUAUUCUUUACGGGCGGUCUUUACCUGCAUCGUCACAAGUCUACGUGCGGUGGUAAUGGGAAAAAUUUUCCGUGUGACAUCGGAGGACAUCAUGGAAACAAUUGGGGAGGCUUUUUCAGAGAUGAAUGGUCCGAUGACGAUGACUGGCGUCAAGUAUGCUUUGUUCCACAAGAUACCUUGGAAUGGGGCGGACCUAAACCCGAGCCGAAUCGUCCCAUCUGUUACACGGAUGGCAAUAAGAAUACUUGGGGCUAUUGUGAUUGCGAGGAGAUUUCAGACACAAGACACUUUGGUUUCGAUCUUGUUUUUCAAAACACGAAAUUCCGCGGCGAAGAAGUGGUCAUGAUUACGGAUGAAUUACACGGGCCAAUUCAGACCAUGCGUUGCACAGCGGGCGGGGAGUUACUUUCUGAAUGUUCUUUCUCUGGAAAUACGUCUCUCUGCCUAAAGAACGAAAGAUAUUUAAAUGAAUGGGUUUCGUCAGAAACGCUGUUUCGCGAGCCUGCUGAUUAUUAUGCGAAGAUUCGAAACUUUCCAACCCGCGAAUCGCACCCGAAUUUAAAAAUCCUCUGUCCCGCUGGAGAAGUGCUCACAGGACUCGCAUUUGCAAAUAACGAGACUGAUCCCACGAAGCAAGGAGUGUUGGCACGUUGCGGGGUCCCCAGUGGUUUUGCGCUCGAUGGAGAUGAAGGAUGGACAAACGAUAGCACGCUCCUUUCUAAAGGCAUAAAUGGUGCACACGAGCAAGUCCAUCACGGUGAUUUUCGAAAUCUUUUCUACACCAACUGUCCGGAUGGUUUUGUUGCAACUGGUAUAGCUCUACAGGGUUUGCAGCAUAAGCAGAACAAUCAAUGGAUGGGUUGGUACGGUGAAAAUGAAGAAAGACAUCUCCGCUGCGCGAAAGUGAUUCGCACUGAUCCAGAUCCGGACGAAGGGUACGCACGUGUAUGCGAGCAAAGAGACUGCUCGACAUCGACACAACUCAUGACUCGCAGCGAAAACUCACUCAAUGACUGCAUCGCGGCGUGCAAGAAUGAAGACUGCACCGAAAUAAGCUACGAUGACGCAACGAAUAAUUGCAUUUUGUAUGUGCAACUAUGCAAAACUUCAAACACGCCGCAUGGUCGAAAUGUGAAUAGCGAACUAAAAGCACCAGAGGGAUCCUCAGAUUUCGGCAAGAAUAUUUUUACACCAGUUGAAUUUGAGCAUCCAGUCAAGAAAGCAAAUUUAACGGCGUUUGUAGUGAGUUCACACCCUCUUCACAGCUUUUUUAACUCGAAUAAGUUGGCGUGGAACACCGCCCCGUGGAGCGUUUGCUCUAAACCCUGCGGAGUUGGUUCGCAAAGUCGGAACGUGUUCUGCGCGCCAAAAGGUAGUUCGAUCGAGGAUUACAGUCAGGCGGAGGAUGCUCUCUGCGGAGGUAUUGCACAAAAACCAGCGACGUAUAGAAGCUGUAACACUUUCAGCUGUCUUCCGUGGUGUCGGUCUGAAUCGGCUGUGCGCAGGCCGUGCGCUUUGUACGAAAGAAGUACUCGCAGUGCGGCUCAAAGUGUAAGCAUUCGAAGACAAACGUGCGAAGAUUCUGGCUGCUGUUUCGCCCCUCGUCGGAACAAUACCGAUUUAGAGUGCUACGCGAAACCAGAAGACUCCGAUUGGUGGAAAAGUUCUAAGUGGACCCCGCUUGCAUGGGAAAAGUGUACAAAAGCGCCGCACGACGUGUGCUUAGAACAAGCAGAUCGCAACACAAAAACACGAGAAAAUAUCUGCGCAAAAAGUGAUGGAACUAUCAGUAGUCGAGCGCAAUGCGAAGCUGCUGAACCUGCGAACCUUCAAUCGUGUCUAAAACACGAAAAGUGUCUACAGUGUGAGAACGAGUGCGAGCACGGCACAUGUGAAAAAGUCAUGCACAAAAGUUCCCCAUGGAAUUGGCACAAUAAGUGCACUUGUCUCAAUGGCUGGACCAAAAGUGGCCAAUCUACUAAUGGUCCGUGCUCACUGAAGAUUGGAGUAGAUAGCAUCAUCGAAAACGAAGAAGGAUACGGAUUGGUUGGCGACGCCACUGACUGCUCAACAAAUCCGAGCUGGACAACGGGUGAUUGGGGAGAUUGCAAAAGGGCAGUACCCCCAGCUACUGGUGGCAUAAAGAUGAGAGACGUUUCAUGCUCUGCGAAUUCGCAGUGCUACUCUAACCACGCGUGCAACUCAACGACGAAACCUAGUGCCAUUGAGACGUGUACCUUUACUGCAAGCGCAGAUUUGGAAACUUCUUUGCCACCUGCGAUGGACGACGUGCUCAAAAAUUCCGUCGAUUAUUCGAAAUUGUCACACGCGAUGGAUAAAGACGACGAUUUUGUAUUUUAUGAAUUCCGCGGCGCACCUGCGAGUCAUAGCUUUUCUGCCGCGAUCUAUACAUGUGUGAAAGUUUGCAAAGAUUCGGUUGGAUGCAUAGGUGUAAUGUUUGAACCAAAGCUAGGCGCAACCAUGGGAGAAUGUUCGCUUAUUUUUCGUGGUUCGUUGAAGUUUCAGACUCUAGAAAGGAGUUCUAAGUCUCACGUUUUCAUGAGACGCGGGUACCUGACCCAGACACCCCAAGGAGGUACUCAAGAGGCUAGAGAUCUUUACGAUGCGGUGAUCGGCACGGAAACAUGGUCGGAAGAAUUGGAAGAAUUGGUUCUCGAUUUGAAUGAACAGGACGCGAAGAAUACCUCAAGCAUAUUGGCAGAUGAUCCAGUAUGGACUUGGAUUCAGAACCAAAGGGGUAAGCAAGAUGUGCCACUUCGUAAGUCAUUUCUCUCGCUUUCGAUGCCGAUGCAUCCGCGAGUAAUCGAGCAUGUGCGAUAUUUAAGAAAUUUCUUGACUUCUUUCUACGAUGACGACAGCAUUGCAGAUUUGGUUUUAUCGUUUGCCCAUAAGUACCGUAAUUUACGUGGGAUCAUGAACUCAACGACAGCGCGAGAAGACGACCCAUCCGUGUGGACUACCUCGAAAGAAUUUCAAAGGAUGUGUCGCAUUAACAAAGGACGAGACAACUGGAACUCAGCACCACUCUCCAGAACUCCGAAUCCUUCUCCGCUCGCGGCUUUGAAGUAUUUGUUGGAGAAGAAUGAACAAAGCUAUGCUUCGUCAACUUUUGACGUAACUGAGGCUCCUUGGCCAUUAAUGUCGAUACACACGAUUGCGCAUAUUCCGACAGAUGAGUGCGAAUGGAUUUGGUCGAGAUAUGAACUUGCCGAGCCCGAUAAGAAAGAAUUUGUAGACGCUGACCGGACACCAGGGUUGGCCACUUCUUGGGCACACUACUCUGAUAAUUACAUGCGCUAUGAAGUUCAAUGCAUGGAAUCAAACUGGCACAAGGAUUCUCUCCCACGAAUAUCCCAAGAUGGUGGAAUGUGUGGUCGUCUGGCAUACAUGGCUGUGGGUAACACUGGAUGUCGUGGGAGUCCAUCUACUAUGGUUGGACAACCUAUGCACGCGGCUGCAAUCGCUUUUGACAAGGCCCCCGAUGGGCAUUGGGAAAUGGAUAAAUAUAACUGGAUUUAUAGCAGUUAUUGGACAACUUUUGAAAAUCCUAUUCAAACCGAUGAUAUUUCUGGUCCAAUAAAAACACGAGAAACGUCUAUAGAUCACGCAGCUUCCAUACCUUUGGCCAUGAAUGUCGGUCUUGAUUCGUAUGUGGAUGUUCGUCUCGCGAUGCAUUUGUUUCGAAGUGUGUAUUACAACGAGGGCAACUCUAUUCUACCCCGCGUUACUAAUAUUCUUUUGAGUGCACUCGAGACGAAUCCACACGUUCCAGAAGCUUGGGAACUGAUUUUUACGCAUCUGGGUAUGACGACUUUGCAAAAUAACACGUUGUUCCAAAAAAGCUUCGAGCAAUUCAAGCCGAUUGCCAAACACUAUCCAACUACAUUCAAAAAGCUCAUAACAGCGGCAGGAUCUUUGUUUGAAUGCCCGAGAGGAGUCACAGAAUCUGGUCCAAUCAAGUGGUUGGAAGACACCAUAGAUUGGCUCGCCACUUCGGAAGGCGGCGGAACGUUGGGAGAACUUAGUUUGAAGCUCGAUAUGUACGUUGAAAUCUUACCGUGUUAUAGAAGUGCACACGGCUCAGGAAUGGAUAUCGUUAGAGCUUGGGAACCGUAUUUAAUCGCCGCAGCUUGGAAUGAACCUCUUGGUAUUACAAAGGAUACUCGAACGUAUUACGCGCGAUCAGAUGGUCCCACAUCGAAGGCUGCUUUUGCUUCUAUCUUUAGAUUUCUCUUUGGUUGUGGACCAACGUCUACUCGUGAACAAGCUGUACAAAGUAGAGACUUCUGCGGCGCUUCGCUUGCUGGGACGAACCAUACAGAAAUACUCGAUUAUCUCGAAGAGUUGAUGACAAAAAUCCCCCACGGGCACAUUGCGAAGAUGCAGUUUAACGUUCCUCCGUUUUAUCAUCAGUGCGGUAAUUCAAACAGUUAUCCGGAAUUCGAAGCAACUGGUGCAGGCAACGACGCGUGGACGAUUUGGAUGCGUACGGGUAAGGUUUCUCCUCGCGCAGCUUUUGGCGCCGUGUUGAGUAUGCUCGGAAAGUACAAGUCAUUUUUAGGUCAGUGGAACUCGUGGGUGGAUGAAGAGAAUGUGUACUUGGAUGGACUCUCGGAUCCGCUGGGGCUUUAUGCAAAUGGUUGGAUGAGUUACAAAUCGGAAAGUAUAUGGACGGAAUUCAAGAGAUGUGCCGGCUUUUCUAGGAAACGUAUGCGACGCGAACUCUUGGAUGAAGGAGAACAUUUUGCUUCCACGCCAUCUCUUGACUCACAAAGCGUGAUCAAUAGGACGCAUACACUUACCAUCCCCAUGACGUUUGCGAGGAAGAACCGCGAAGACUUUGCGCAACACCAAAGGACGCUCAAAAUAAUGCAGGACAUGAUUGAUAAACAUUUUCCCGUUCCAAGUGGCGACGCUGAAGAUUUGACUUUAAUUCCAAAUGGGCGCGCGCUCUUGAACAUACCAAAUUCGGUGUUUAUCUCGAACGAUGUGGCUCUUACGGAGCAGCUCGAAACAGACGCGCAAUUUGACGAUAAUCUUGAAGGCUCAGAAUCAGAAGUUUUAAAUGGGACAAGUAUACCUUCUGACUCCCAAGAGACUUCUACAAAGGUUGAUCCCGUGAUGAGUGAAGCGUUUGACACGACUGAGUGCAUGCUAGGUUGUAUCAUGUGUAUUCCAACACCAUGUGGUCCGAAUGCUUCAACAGCUUCGUGCGCAAACUUGACUGCCUGUGAUGUAUGCGCAGAGUCUUUCUCUUUGCAAAACAGAGAUGGCAAUAUGGUUUGCAUUAAGUCUGGCAUUUCGCCGAUGCAGGAGAAGUUUACCUUUACGAAUGGUAGCGGCACAAAUGGAUCGUCAACACCUGAGCCGUUGCCACCAAGCCCGCCAACUUUAGCACCAGACCUCCCUCCAACCCCGCUCUUUCCGAGUCAACCACCAAGCCCACCACCUCUGUCGCCAAGUCCACCCCCAUUUUUACCACCUCCAUCUCCAAGUCCGCCGCCGGCUCCGUUACCGCCGCAUCCAGAGCCACCACCACCUCUGUCACCUUCACCGUCACCGCCACCUUUACCGCCGCCGUCCCCUUCUCCUCCGCCUUUUCCUCCUCCGUCACCAUCUCCGUCACCGCCACCUUUACCGUCGCCGCCACCAACACCACCGCCCCCGCCAUGUGUGCAAACAAACUCCUGUCCUUCUCCUCCACCCUCACCACCUCCAGUUCCAUCAUCACCGCCGUCACCACCACCGCUGUCGCCCCCGCCAUUACCACCUCCAGAUAUUGAAAUGUUGAGUAGCCUAUUCGCUCCUCCCCCUUCUCCUCCUCCAGAUGAUGCUCCGCCUUUCGUGGAUGACGAUGCUGUACCUACGGCGCUAAGCGCUAAGGCUCCAUACCACGAUGAAGAGGUUCAUAACACGAAUCAGACUUAUCCAACAAGACAAACUUCGAAUGAUGAAUCGCUAUUGCCAGAGACGUUAUUCAGCAUGCCCAGGUAUAAUCCAAACACGGGCUCAACUUACAAGGGCAAGUUUCAGAAUCCGAUGAAAGAUGCAGAUUAUCAGGGCAUGCUCCUGGGUCAGGCGCUUCCAGGUUUCGUUCUCGCAGGAUUUGGGUUACUGUUGGCGAUUGUUUCAGUUCUCUUGACGGUUGCAGUGUCCAUUACAAAGUGUUUUGGUAUUUGCUUCGAUUCUUGCAACAACGUGUUCAAACCGAAACCGUUCACAACGAAGCAGCUGCAAACGACGAAGUUAGUCAUCUUUUUCUUUUCGAUCAUGAGCUUGUUUGGAUUUGGUGUAAUAGUUUCGCAAUUAGUAGAGUUAGGAUCGCGCGAACAUUUGUUGACGAUUGCGAACGAGUCUGUGUCUGAGAUGCAAAAUGCGACAUUGGAGAUAGAGAGAACCUUGGGAGUAGAUGGAACUGAUACGAAAUUGUUAACGUACUCAGAGUUUGUUUCUGAAUUGAAUGACGAUAUUGAUGAUAUUAAGGAAAUAUACGGAGCUGCUGAAGACUUGGUAAACGAGCAGCAGUCGUUGAUUCAAGGCAUUGCAGGGGCCUGUGCAGGGGGCAUGAUCGUGACGAUACUUUUCUCUGCCUUUCUUGUCUACAAAGAUCAAUGGAAGUUGCUCAUCAUAGUGACUGUUUUCACAUCUCUAUUUAUGAUUUUAUCAUGGAUUUCCUGGGGUUUGCUUACCAUGGUGGGCACUUUUUUGAACGAUAUGUGCUGGUCGAUGGAAGAAUUUGUUAAACCGGAUGGUGAAGUGCGAAUGGACAUGAUGGAUAUCUUACCAUGCGUGAGCGCUAAGGCCGCCGUCGAUACCAUUGGCAUGCUUAGAAAUUCGAUUUUGGAAAAAACAUACGAAGCGAACCAAAUCAUCGUCGAUAACAAUCCACUUCGGGAGCUCCCUUUACUUUGCCAGGAGUACGUGGCUGUUUCGGUAGAUGAAACCUGCAGUCCAACUGGGAAUUAUGCCCAAACAAACUACGCCAAAACAGUAUGCUCAGCGAAAGAUGCGGGCCUGUUGAACAACGACAUAGAUGCCAACGGUUACUACUUUUAUCCCGAAAAAGGUUGCGUUUAUUCAAACAGUACUUGGGAUAACAAUCUUGGUUCUCGUCGACACGUAGUUGAUGCGUCUGACUUUGAACGCAUGUAUGCCGGUAAAAUAGCUUCAUCGGAAUAUAAUCGAGCCAAAGAUGCCGCCGAACACGCAUCUCGUUUGAUUGGAAUCGUUCCGGAGACACAAAAAUUAGUGACUUGCGGUUACGUAAAGGAUGCCUUCCGAGCGAUUUCUGUAGAAUGUGACGCGACUAUUGACAACCUCAAGAUUAUGUGGGUAGGAAAUGUUGUCUUGGCGCUCUCCUUAUUUUGUGUUUGGUCAUCGUACGCGGUGGCCAUUAACCGCUUAUCGAACCGCGACCGUCUCGUUAAUUCGAUUCGCAGUGCUCCUUCUUUGAAAGAAAAAUUUUGGGCACCUUCGCCAGUCGACGAUGAAACUCUGUACUCCGGCUCUACUUUCGAGCGAUCUGCAGACGGAAAAAGCUUCAAACAAUAUGGCAUGAAGCCAGUCGUGAAGACGCUUCGGGCCCUCUCCAUGCGGGAAAAAAGAGAGGUUUCGAAAGAGGAGGCGUUCAAAACAGUUUUUCAUCGCGAUUAA